ACUGACAUGAUGAAUGGUCCGCAAGUGCUGAAGCCGGGCGAAAGAAUAACAGUCGUCGUUACUAUUGGAGAAAUAUACGAAAUUUUGAAAAAUCUUUAUGGCAUCGUGCCAAAAUCCUUGAUCGAACUAAACGGAUACGAUGACAAGAAUUAUAAGGUCGUAGUGCAUAAUCCCAACAGCAAUAAUGACGAUCAGUACGUUCUGAAAUUGAUGAACUCGUGGGAUUCGCAAAAUGUAGCACUUGUUGAAGGGCAAAAUAGUAUCAUGCUGUUUUUGAAUUCUAAUGGAAUCACCUGUCCGAAGCCGGUAAUGAACGUUAAUGGCAAAUAUUACUCGAUUGAAAGGUUUAUUAGCGGAAAACACUGCGUCCGUCUGCUUGAGUACGUUCCCGGAAAUAUACUCAAAGAGAUUAGCCCUGGCCCCGCGUUAUACUAUCAAAUUGGUGUAUACGUGGCGGAAUUAGAUUGCCUACUCAAAGAUUUUUACCAUCCCGCAUACGACUCCCAUAAACUAAUUUGGAUGUUGGAUAGCAUUCCGAAUGUAAAAGAAUUUUUGAUCGCAAUUGAAGACGAUGAAAAAGGAAAAAUUAUAAACUCGAUUUUGAACGAAUUUGAAAACCGGGUGUUAAGCGUUAGUAACACUUUGGAAAAAGGAAUGAUUCAUGGUGACAUUAACGAACAGAACAUUAUAGUGCAAAGUACCGACGACAAAUGGGAGUUAAAGGGUCUAAUAGAUUUUGGAGAUUGCAAUCGCUCUUGUUAUCUCUUUGAAUUGGCCAUUACAAUUACGUACAUGCUGAUCCUCAGCAAAGAUCUUGAUGUUGCUGGGUAUGUUUUUGCCGGCUAUAAUUCCGUACGUAACGUUACAAAUGAAGAAUAUUCAUUAUUAAAAAUAUGCAUCAUGUCGCGGUUAUGUCAGAGUUAUACCAUUGGAGUGUACAGUUACUUACAACAUCCAAAUAAUACUUAUGUUUUAAGUAGUGUUGCAGAUGGGUGGGAGAUACUGACGAGACUCAGAGAGGAGUCGGAAAAAGAUACUCUGAGCAAGUGGAAAUUAAUUGCAGAUAACUAUGAGCACGUGGUCGAACCUUCGAGGGCUUCUUAAUUUGACCGCCAGUGUUACUCAUAAAUCUAUACCAAACAGUAUGACACAGCAACUAUGCAAGCAAAGAAGUAAUUUAAAAAAACUUACCCAUACUCAACCUUUUUCGUCACACAGGCCUGUACAAUCUGCUUUCAGGGCGAAUAAUUCUGAUUUUUUAGUAUUUUUUGACCCUUUUAAGUUUAUGUCAACAAGGAUAGCGGGGCUUUUUGUACCCUAAAUUUAUGCUCAUGCGAUUGAGCAUUUUCUGAAUAUAAGUUUAGAUU